AUUACUGUUAAAUGAGAUAGUGAGCCAUAUUCUUUUUGUAUUUGUUAUUACUCUGAUAACAUUACAAUGGUUUCAAUACGACAUCUCAAUUUGGAAAUACAGUAUAUCCAUGGAUGUCAAGGCUGAUACUACGAAAAUAUUCUUGGCGAAUUUACUUUCCGGUGGACUUCCAUCAUAUAUCACUCAAGUUAUUCCGGAUCUCACAGUUACUCCCCAUUGAUGCCUUACCAGCCCACUAUCCGCGUGGCCCGGCUACGGUAUGGCGCGCCUUCUGGUCAUCUUCCUUCCCACACCAGGCACACACCGUGCUCUGCAUAUACAAGUGCUUUCAGGACUACGUGUUGAUGGUCAAACAAUCAUUGCUUGUACGGUCUGGGCUAUCUGGCGGUGUCAUUGGCGUUUUGUAUUUGAUGGUCGUACCUUCUGGCCCGAUGAAGCUGCUGCACGAGCAACGCAAGCAGUCAAGCGAAUACAUGAUGAGAAUAUCUAUAGAGAGCGUCUAAAAACAUUUCGCUCAGGUUAACGCAACCUUUAUUUUGUUCCGUGCUUCUAUGCUCUUUAUUAUUUUCUUUAAUAAGUAUAAGCUAACUGGCAGUACUUGAAUAAAAUAUACCAUUUUACAAAAAAAAAAAUUUACUUUCCGGAAAGACUGUAUAGCCAC